UCAUGGACAAAGCUAGCUCAUAGGCAGGCCGCAGGCAUGCACAUGCCUGGCUACACAUAUAUAAACCCUGCAAUUGCCUAACUCCUAAUUAAGCCUUGGACGGAGCUGGCCGGCCAGCGCACACUCCAUUAAUUAGCAAGGAAGUCUUGCAAGAUCAAGUGAGUUAACCAGUGAUUCGUAACUAGGUUAUCAUUAGUAGAAUAGAAAGCUGCAGUGGCGGCAGCCGGCCGGCAAAGCAAGAGCGAUCGAGCGCAAUGGGAGGCGUGGCAUCGGAGCUGGUGGGAGCCAGCAGGGAGAGGCAGAGUAGGAAGAGGAAGCAGUUCCACACGGUGGAGCUCAAGGUGAGGAUGGACUGUGAUGGCUGCGAGCUCAAGGUCAGGAACACCCUUGCCCGCAUGAGAGGGGUGGAGUCGGUGGAGAUCAACCGGAAGCAGCAGAAGGUGACGGUAAAGGGGUUCGUGGAGGCGCAGCGGGUGCUGAGGCGCGCCCAGUCCACGGGGAAGCGUGUCGAGCUGUGGCCCUACGUGCCCUACACCAACCUCUACGUCGCGCCGCCGCCGGUGUACGACAAGAGAGCGCCGCCGGGACACAUCCGCAGGGUGGACGCACUCAUCGCGCCCGCCGCCGGCCAGGAGGAGCACCUCGCCACGCUCUUCAGCGACGAUAACCCCAACGCCUGCUCCCUUAUGUGAUUGAUAUAUAUAUAUAGCCUGCUGCUUGAUGCAUCAUGCUAGAUCGAGCCUGCUCCGCCCUUAAUUAUGUGAUGCUGCUGCUUCAUUCACGCUGUACUACUAGCUAAGGCGAUGUCUUGGUUUGCAUGAACAAACUGCUCCGUAGUUUACGCACUAGUAAUAAUUUGUACUAUCUCUUAAUUACUUUGAGCCGUUCCGUAGUUACGUAAUUUUCCAUCAUAAUAUAGAAGUAUUCUCCAGUUUUGUA